GAAGAAGAAGAAGAAGAAGAAGGCGGAAGGGGCGGGCAAAACCCAAGAGGAGGGAGGGAAAUGGUGCUAUCAUCAUGGCGGGAUGCAUGAAAAUGAUAAACAAUUAUACCUCUAAACGUGUUACAUUAACGGUUUUUACGGUGCUGCUUGUAUUUUUAGCUCACACCUCAGGACACCAGGAUACGGGUAACAAACCAGUAAUUGAUCUUAAGGAUGGAGAGGAGUACAUCAUGGUAGGCUCCAACAGGUUCUGUUACAAAAACUCUGUGGUGCCAACUUGGAGGCAAACCUGGACAAGAAUUCAGAUCAAAGUGUGGAGUUCCAACGUGUUUAAGGUGGAAACUGUGGAGGGGGAGGAGGAGUUGCGGGAGCUGGAACGAUUCAGCGUCUGGAGCUGGUUUCAGAGCUUGUUACGUGAGCGGCACAAUGAGACCACUAUUAACAUCAAUCUGUUCAGCAAGGAGACGUGCUUCAAGAUCGACCCUGCUGACAAAACAAAGUUCACUGUCAACCCCCUUCGUAAGUUUGAUAUCUAUCUGUUUUUGGUAUUCCUCGCCGGAGCAUUGUUGUUCAUCUUUGCAGAAUCACUCAGCAGGAGUCAAGCUUUCUUCUACUCUGCUGGUAUGAGCACAGGCAUGAUCGCCUCUCUCAUCAUCCUCUUUUUUAUUUUGGCACGCUUAUUGCCAAAGAAAAGCCCUUUUUAUGUCUUGAUUGUUGGCGGCUGGUCGUUUUCUGUGUACGCCAUCCAAUUUGUCUGCAAGAACCUUGGUGUAAUUCUGCGAGAACACUGGAACAUCGCAUUAGGUUAUGUAGCAGUGGUGGGAUUCAUCACUUUUGCGGUGUGUUACCGUUACGGUCCUCUGGUGGAUGAGAAGAGCAUUAACAUCUUGUCGUGGACGCUGCAGCUAUUUGGUCUGCUCCUGAUUUAUUUAGGGAUUCAAAUCCAGCAAGUUGCCUUCUCCAUCAUCGUGGCAGCUGUGUUCUCCAAACAUCUGGAGUACCCAGUCUCUCUGACACUUGCUGCUUUGAGGAGAAUCAAAAGAUACAUUCACUGGAAGCCAGAGCCACGUCGCCUGUUGACUGAGGAGGAGUUUCAGAAGCAGGGAGAGGAAGAGACUUUGCGUGCUCUGGAAGAGCUGAGGAAGUACUGCAACAGCCCGGAGUUCAGCCCGUGGAAGACGGUGUCCAGGCUUCAGUCUCCGAAAAGUGAUUGAUUAACUAUCUCUUGCAAGCUGUGUCUGCACAUUUAAGAUUUGAGGUUUGCUGAUUUCAUUGAAGGGUCCCCUCACUUGAUGUCAAAUGAGGUGUCUGUCCACGCGCAGGAAUACGGCUUUGGGGGAUCUCUUUUUGAGGAGGAUUUUUUUGACACCGAUGACGACGAGGAAGACGACAUUAAGCCUAUGAUGAGACCCGAGUGAGACACCACUGUGUUAAAAGGCGAAUGAAAAUAGAGACGAUUAUACUAUUGCCUUUCAGAAAGGUGGCCGGAGAACCGCUCUCUGUGGCUUCUGUGCAAACGUCCCGACUACGGGAUUGGGAUUUCAGUCACAAGAGGCACCACGUACACAACAGGCAGAACAAUGUGGCAAAGUAAUGUAGUUUCCACGAAUGUGCACUAAAGCCAGAACUCUCGUUUUUUUUUGUUUUUUAUAAGGGAACAAAGGCUUCUGUUAAAAUUGAGGUUACAAAUACAGUGAUGCUCUGUGACCGGGACCUUCUACUGGGAGGUCGAAGCAAUUGAACUUUUUACUGCGUGAUGGUAGUUUGUGUUGUCUUAAGCUUACGAAAAGGUUUUUACAUUUUAGUUUUUGAAACAUUAGCCUCCAAAUGGGCUCACUCCAGCAAACUGUAAUGAGGCCAUCCAGAUUGCAUGUAUAUCCUACACCAUGUGUUUAACGUUCUCACCUCUGAGCAGCAGCAUGACGAGGGAGUCAUCGUUACUCUAGCUUUCUGCUGAGGGAGGAAAAGUUUGGUCAAGUUUGUAUUUCACCGUUUUCAUUUUAAUAGACAUACUGUACAUCAGAGGAAGUGCCCCCAAAGUAUUUUGAAUAAAACAAACAUUUGAGCUCUGAUGUGCAUGCAUUAGCAUCAUUGUAAAAUAAUAUUAGGACUAAAAUUUGGCAAGAUGUUAUGGCUUUGGUUAAUGAUUCAAAGCAUUUGAAACCAAAAAGCUGGGGUUUUAUUUUUCAUAGUAGCGCAUAUAAAAUUUCUUCAGUGGUGGAAAGGAACUACGUUCUUUACUUGAGCAUUUCCAUUUUAUGCUUCUACUCCAUUUUAGAGGGAAAUAUUGUACUUUUUACUCCAUUACAAUUAUCUGACAACUGUAGUUUCUUUGCAGAUUAAGGUUUUACACACAAAAUUUUUGAUCAAUUUAUAAAAUAUGGUGCCUUUUUUUUUUUUUUUUUAAACUACCCAACAGUGCUAAAGUAACUUUUCAUCAAUCAGAUACAAGAUAUAAUGCUAGUGAUAUCUGCUUUAUAUUCAUCCAAAAGAAUCCCACAAGGACCAUUCUGCUACAUGUUGACUACUUUUACUUCUGAUACUUGAAGUACAUUUCCUGCUAGUACUUCUGUAAUUUUACCUUACUCUGCUAUUUUCACUUUAGUAAAAGAUCUGAAUAUUACUUUUCCAUUGUAAUUGGAUUUUCCAUAUGGAUUUUGAAGUUUUACUGGGUUCCUCUUUGCAUCUAUGGCUGCAACUUACUAAUUAACUGAAUUUUCUAUUAAUCGUUUAGUCUAUAACAUGU